UCGGGCGCUAGGACCGCGUGGCCUAGGUGAUCGCCACUGAAAUCCUGCCCUGACCUUUAUAGAUUACAUUUGUGGCUAACUAACCAUAUUAGAAAUAUUUUUUUUUAUUUUGCACAGCCUAUCUAUUUACACAGUUUUUAUUCUUACACUGAACUUUUCAUUUAAUGCUUAGGACACUAUCAAUCAGAUAUUAUGUUAGGGCACAUCAUAUUAGACACUUCAUAUUCUUUUCGAUGAAACUCCUUUAUUGCACAAUGAUGGAUAGACCUACACAAACAGCAUUAGUAGACUUAUGGUGAUGCACCAUAAAAUGUCUGCUGAGGAAUUUGCAGACAGGUCCAUUGAAGUUUGUCAGUAGAAGUGCUUCCUACUGUUCCUAGUUACUUUAUUAGUCCUGCUGGCUUUGAUGAUCAGGCCUACCAAGGAUUAUUUAAAAUGUCACAUCUGAGUGUUUUUUAUUUAAUCCGGUCAAUACAGGUCCUUCAAACAGAGUGUUGAUUCUACUAACAAUGUGUGUCCUACAUCCCUUUAUUUGAUUACAGUGUAAUAGACUGAGUCUUAAAUGCAAUCCAUAUAUAUAUGUAGAAUGCCUGACUUAUUGUGGUUAAUCGUCACUUUCAUUGGACUUGUCGUUCUUUCUGUCACGUGGGAGCAUUACUUUUCUAGUCAGCAGAGAGUACAUGCAGUGCAUCCCUGUUACAAACGCAAAUGACUCUAUUCCAAAGAAAUUAAUACACCCUACGACGGCAAAUCCCGCCAUAGAUAUACCUCUACAUUAUGUGUUCAUAUAUUGAAAGGAACGUUAUAUUAUUUUGGUCAUUUUUUUUCUCCGGGACUGCAGGUUUAAUUUGGCGCCUUUUUUAGACAACACUCUCUAGCCACACGUAGGAGGGGUCAUAGGGGGAUUGUAGCCAAUAAACAAAAAGCUUCACGCACGAACCAAUACGAGUUAACGUAAUUACCCAUUGUGUGGGACGUCACAGUUGCCGCCAGAUCAAUGACCAAUAAGAGAUUACCGGCACUAGAGAUAAAUAAGAGCAACGUUAAACAAACUGGUUCAUUUUAGAUUGGAACGUUGAGAGAUAUUUUAAUUUACCUGCAGUAUGUCUGGGAGAGGAAAAACUGGUGGCAAAACCAGAGCUAAGGCAAAGACCCGCUCAUCCAGGGCUGGUCUACAGUUUCCCGUCAGCCGAGUUCAUCGCUUAUUAAGGAAGGGGAACUAUGCUGUUCGCGUGGGUGCCGGCGCGCCCGUCUACGUAGCCGCUGUUCUGGAGUAUCUCACGGCAGAAAUCCUGGAGUUGGCUGGCAACGCGGCUCGGGAUAAUAAGAAGACUCGUAUUAUUCCCCGCCACUUGCAGCUGGCCGUCCGCAACGAUGAAGAGUUGAACAAAUUACUAGGAGGGGUGACUAUAGCCCAGGGUGGUGUCUUGCCCAACAUCCAAGCCGUGUUGUUACCUAAAAAGACUUCAGCGGCUCCCCCAGCUGCAGGCAAGAAGAGUUCCCAGCAAUCCCAAGAAUACUAAGCUAAAAAUCUGGUCGUUUCUUACAACCAAAAGGCCCUUCUAAGGGCCACUCAAAUGUCCUAAAUGAGCUAUAAUAUACAGUGUGAAUAUGAUUAGGAGGUAAAGAUUUAAGCAAGUGCUACCUCAUCUUUUUGCACUUGGAUGUUGUAUUUACUCAAUGCACUGACCUGGGCAUGAUCAGUCAUCUCUACUCGGGAAAAUAAAGCAGAUCAGAUCUUGGGCCAGCUUUGUGAUCACAUGGUGGGCCUACAGACUCUUCAGAUGAGGACCGCAUUAUUGUACUGAUGCAGUCUCCCCUGAAAAUCAAACCAAUCAUAUGUUGGUCAAUAAGCUGCCAACUAGGCUGGGCCCCGUACAAUAAAUUUCUGGGCCCCACAAACCCCCACCACAGUAAAAAAGCUACACAAACAUGGAUGCUAAAAACCCAUUGGUGGCCAGAGUCCCCCCUACAAG